AUGACUAUCACAACGAAACAGGCUCCAAUCAAGGAGUACGAUCCUGAAAGCAAGCCGGCACAAUACAUGCUGGAAGAGACGGCUGAUCUCUCUGCCAGAGAAGGUGCAGACUACUCUGGUGCCGUGGAGAAGACGGAUCCUGCGGAGAUUCGACUUGUGAAGAAGUUGGAUUGGAGGAUCAUGCCCACAUUGUGGGCUAUGUACUUCCUGAACUAUUUGGAUAGGAAUGCCAUUGCCCAGGCAAGACUGAACAAUCUGGAGGAUGAUCUCAAAUUGGAAGGAUCCCAGUAUAACACCUGUAUCUCCAUUCUUUUCGUCGGCUAUCUGUUGAUGCAAAUCCCAUCCAACAUGCUUAUGUCCUCCAACAAAAUCCGGCCCUCGAUCUACAUGUGCAUCUGCAUGGCCGGGUGGGCUAUUGUUUCCGCUUGCACCGCGCUCGUCCACAACUACACCGGUCUUGUUGUUGUCCGAUUCUUCUUAGGCAUAGCGGAGGCGCCAUACUACCCCGGAGCCUUAUAUCUGCUUUCUCUCUUCUACACGAGGAAGGAGAUUGCUACACGUAUUUCUAUUCUGUACUCCGGCAACAUCUUUGCCACGUCUUUCUCGGGCCUCAUCGCUGCCGCAACCUUUUCGACGUUGGACGGCGUGCGUGGCCUUACUGGAUGGAGAUGGCUCUUCAUCAUCGAAGGUGCCGUGACCUUCGGCGUUGCCUGCAUCGGUCUGCGGCUCCUCCCUGACUUUCCCCUCACGACCCGCUGGCUCACCCCUGAGGAACGCCAAUUGGCACACGACCGCAUCGCCCGGGACACCGCCCAGAUCACGCAAAGCAAAGGCGCGCGCGCCGGCUUCUACCAAGCCAUCUGCGACCCGAGGCUGUACCUCCUCUGCUUUAUGCAGAACAUGCAUCUCUCCGCGUGUAGCUUCAAUAAUUUCUUUCCCACGGUGGUAAAGUCUUUGGGCUUCAACACAACCAUAACGCUCGUGCUCACCUGCCCUCCCUAUCUCGUUUCCGGGUUUACGGGUGUCGUCAUCGGCAUCACCUCUGGCAAGUUCAAUGAACGGACUUGGCACAUCACCGGCUGCAUGGGAGUCGCGCUCAUCGGCUUCGUCAUCUCUUGCGCAACGAUGAACACCGCCGCGCGGUACUUGUCCUGCUUCAUGUUCGCCAGCGGCGCGUACGCGGUCAACUCCUGCAUCCUGGGCUGGGUGUCGGCGACGCUGGGCCAGACGAGUGAGAAGAAGGCGGUGAGCUUGUCCAUUGUCAAUGUAGUUGCGAAUGCGUCGUACAUCUACACGGCGUAUCUGUAUCCGAAGAGCGAUGGACCGAAAUAUCUAACCGCAAUGGCGAGCAAUGCGGCCUUUGCAUUCAUGACGAUUGCUUCGGCUUGGGCGCUGAGGGUGUGGUUGAUCAAGACGAACAAGAAGCUUGCUGAGGCAGAUCAGCACGACUCUUCUGAGAAUGCCGGGGUCAGAUACGCAUACUGA